AAUUAUUUAGGAUUUUAAAUUAAACAGUAUGCGUUGCAAAAUUAUUUUGUCAUAGUCCAAAGCAAUUGUAAAAUUCUAGUGAGGAAACAUAUUAAAGACUAUGUAAAAUACAAGCGAGUUUCUGUGAAAAUAUGUCAUUCAGUAUUGUGGUAUAGUCUUCUCUAGUUUGACAUUAACGUAAAAUUCUUCAACAUGAAGAAACUGUUUUCUAAAAUAGAAACUAAGAUCGAUAACAAUACAAAAGAAACUAAUAAUCAGGUCGGAAAAGUUUUCACUGUUGGCAGGGUCACAGUUACUGUCGAAGAUGUCAUAGCAGAGGGAGGGUUUGCAGUAGUGUUCUUAGCAAAGGGAAGUAGUGGUGCAAGAUAUGCUCUUAAAAGAAUGUAUGUUAACAAUGAACAUGACCUCAAUAUUUGUAGAAGAGAAAUUCAGAUAGCUAGCAAUCUAAGUGGUCACAAAAAUAUAAUUGGUUACAUAGAUUCCAGUAUACUACAUACUGGAAAUGGUGUUUACGAAAUUUUACUCCUGAUGCCUUACUGCAAAACUCAUGUGCUGGCCAUAAUGAAUACAAGGUUACAAACAGGGUUUAGUGAACAAGAAGUAAUGCAAAUUUUUUGUGAUACUGUUGAAGCUGUGUCUCGUCUUCAUCAUUGUCAAACGCCUAUAAUUCACCGCGACUUAAAAGUAGAAAAUAUUUUAAUGACAGAACAGGGUUCUUAUGUAUUGUGUGAUUUUGGUUCGGCUACUGGUAAAAUUUUAAACCCAACCACUCAUGGUGUUGCUUUAGUAGAGGAAGAAAUUAAAAAAUAUACAACCCUUUCAUAUAGAGCACCAGAAAUGGUAGAUAUGUAUUCAGGGAAACCAAUUACAACAAAGGCAGAUAUUUGGGCUUUGGGUUGUUUAUUAUAUAAAUUAUGCUUUUUUACUCUUCCAUUUGGUGAGAGCACCUUAGCAAUUCAAAGCGGGAAUUUUGUUAUUCCUGAUAAUUCCAAAUAUAGCAGAGGUGUUCAUCAAUUGAUAAAUUAUAUGCUGGAACCAGAUGCUGACAAGAGACCAGAUAUUUUUCAAGUCAGUGAAAUAGCAUUUAAAGUAGUUGGAAAGGACAAUCCAGUUCAAAAUUUGCAUAAAAGCCCUAUUCCAAUUCUCCAGAAUUUACCACUUCCGGCCUUUGAGUCUGAAGUGAAACGAUCAUCUGUGAAACUAAGUAAACCAGCUGCAAGUACUUUGGUUGAAGGAACUAGUGUCACACCCAGGCAAAGGCCUAAAGGAAGUCAACCACCAUUAUUGAUAAAUUCAAACAUACCAAUAACACUGAACACAAAUGUAGCACCGGUUAGUAAUACACAUUCACCAGUUUCAAUAUCAGAACCACAAACUCUGGCACCUCCUCCUAGUCAGCAGGCGUUCAGCAGCCAGCCGUCACAGUUUCCAUCACCAACUUUUGAAACUGGCUUUCAACAAUUUGGUGCCACUAGUCCAGGACAAUCUUUUAAAAAAUAUCAAGUUGCUAAAACACCAACUGCGCCACCUCAGUUUACAGCAGAAGAAUCUCAACAAUCUGCACCUUUUGUUCCUGUUCAAUUUCCUGUACCAUUUAGCAUUGAUAAUGAUGACCCACCAUCUACUAAAUUAAAAGUCAAUUCCCCAAAUUCUUCUAAUUGCUUAUUUUCAUCCUCAAAUUUUACUAAUGAAAAAAUUGAUAACAUAAGGGAACCCUCGCCCACGCAUAUUAAUACGAAUAAUUCUGCAAAAGCCGAUGUGUCUGCUGAAAGUGUUAGUCAAUAUUUACCUUCACUGAAUACACCACCUUCAUCUCCCAAUUUGCACUUACCUAAAGGACAUAGAAGAUAUAUGAGUGACACCACAGCAUUUAAUAAAGUUUAUGCAAAUGAAACUAGCCAGUUUCUGGCUCCAUAUCAGACCUCAGUCAAACCAAGAUCUAGUUCCAAUUCUCCUCCAGAAACAUCGGAAAGAAACUCAGUUUCCCAAGGAUUGUCAAGUUCUGCUAACAAAUUGAAUAAAAAUGUUCCUGUGGAUAAUCGCUCUUUAUCUGUUGACAUGGCCAAUUGGAAUCCAUUUGGAGAUCCUACACCUUUUUCUCAAAUGACCGAAGACCAUAUCUUUGGCGCCGAGUUUGAUAAAAUCAGACACGGUACAGAAUGUAAUAAUCCUCAAGACAAUACUAUUGAUAUACCAAAUAUAUCUGAGGAUCCUUUUGGAUGUGCGCCCUUUAGUUUGACUUCGAAAACUCGAGACAAGUUAAUGAAACAAAAUCUAGGAGCUCAAGUCAGUAUUGCAAAGUAUUCAAAAAACUGGAAGCAUUCAUCGUCAAACGAACGCCAUAUUAGCUUUGAAGGAAAUAAUAAAAUAUGGAAUUUAUCUCCAUCUUUAGAAAUCAAUGAAAAUCAGACGGAGCUCUUAUCCGACAGUGAAGAGUUUGAUUCCGUGUCAAAAUCGGUUUUGGGUGGUAUAUCCCCUAUAUUCGCACCUUUGACUGAUCGUUCUAAAUAUGAAAAAUUAACGCUAAAUACUGAUGAUCAAUCUUCCGAUGAUAGCAGCAUAAUGCCGGAUUCCAAGGUAGAAGCGGGGUUAGGAAAAUCAAGACAUCGAUUAAAGAAAAAUGUGGUUUCCAACAUUCCAGAAAAAUUGCAAUCUGUUUAUAAUAAAGUGGAUAAGAGUACAAUACCGGUAGUGAGACGUCUUGCAGAUAAAAAAAAUAAUUCAAAAAAUUUGGCUAAUAAAUCUACCAAAGCUGAAAGUCCUGUCAGCAGAAAUGAUGGCGUUGAUAUAGAUUCUGAUGAUUCCAUAGGUUCAGCAAGUGAUCUGACCGCCGUAGAACAAGGAAUUAAAAAAACGGUAGUUGGCUUUUUUGUCAAAAAUGAAGAUGGUGAUGAGACAAUAAGUCAAAGUAAUAAAACAUGCGGUUCUUCGGCAUAUCACGCAGAAUGUGAAAGUGUCACGACUAAUGAGGAUGAUGGCAUGAGUCGAUCUGUCGUCAGAAAAUGCAAAACUAGACGCCAAAGACAAUUAAUAGAUAAUACAACUAAUAAGUUAAUUCUCGAGGAAAGCUCUAAUCAUUUCACUGGAUAUGAGUGUGGCAACGAGCCACUUUUGUUGGACGAGUCUGAUGAUGAAAGAGAAGAACACCAUAAAAAGUCUGAUCUUUGGUCCGAUGUUAAAUUUUCUUUAAAUGAUUCAGAUGUUGCUGAAGAAGCGGGCGACGUGUUCGCAUUAGCCCCAUUUGCUAAGCCUGAAAAAUUAAAGCCUAUUACACACACUUCUAUUCCGAAUAUUAACGAAAAUCCAUUUUCAAACGAAAACAAAGAUUUGUCUAUUUUAGAACCACAAAAACAAGAGAUUAGCACUGAUCUAUUUAUACCUACAAAUAAAUAUCCAGAAAAUUUGACCUACAAUGAAGUAAGUGUUGAAUGUAAUGCUAUGAAAGUAGAAAGCGACGAUUCAUUGUACGAUGCAUUCCUUCCGACAUCAACAGAUAAAUCUAGCGUUAAUUUCAAUAAGUAUAAUACAUCAUUGGAAAAGAUUCAAUGUGAAAUAGAACACAACAGUCAGGACGCUUUUGUGCAAAUCGAAAGCAGUUCUCACAACUGCGAUUUGUUUGGAUCACAACCAUUCUGUGAGGGUUUAAAUAGUGAUUACUCAAAUUCUCAGACAAUUGCGAAUUUAUCGGAAACGCACCCGAACAUACAAAAUGAAAUAAAUCAUAUCAAUAUGAAUGCAAAUAAAGUUACAUCAACUGAAAAUGCACAUUUAUUUUGUGAUGAACUAGAUGAUCACAAGGAAUCGUUUUUUGAUAAUCGAAUUUAUGGAAACGUCAUAUUUCCAUCAACUGUAAAUCGAUAUUCUGAUAUGUCAUUUCAAAUACACAAUAUGCCUAUACGUCUUAAGUUAGGUCAUUCUAAACUAACUAAUAGUGAUGUGCACGAUUCUUCAAAAUCGCGCAGGAAGGAUUUCCUGUCUAGUGAUCCAUCGCAGAUUGUAAAAAGCGAAGAUAACUCUGCUGAAACAGCAGAAAAGGUUAGCAAACAGAAGAAGGAUAAGAAAAUUAAAUCUAAAUAUCAGCAUCUUUUAGACAAGAAAAGUAAUAAAGAAGACCUUCCGUUCCAUACUAAAUUUGAGCAAAAAUUAACAAAGGGGGCUCUUGGCUACAAAAAGGUUUCAUCUAAGAAUAAAAAGUCAAAUGAUAAAUCUUCUUCUCAAACAGGUUUCAGCAAUAUGAGCUUUGAAGAUAUACCUCAAGAUCCAGAUAUGGAUUUUUAAUUAUAUUACUUUUUAUGGAAAAUUCUGACGUGACCACAAUGUAUCUCAUGUAUAUUUGUUUAUAUUCUUU